AUGACAAGUUCAGUUUCAGCCUCUGAUGCUAAUUAUGAUCCCAUGAAAGAUCCAAAACAAAGGCCAACAAAUUCAAACGAUCCAGCUUGGCAGUAUGGCUAUUGGACGACUAUUGGAAAUAGAGACUUUGUGACAUGUAAUCUUCGUGGAAAGGUAACUAAAGGCGGGGCUACAAGGCUGAAGCAACAUCUUGCAGGUGGCUAUGCAGAUAUAUUAGUGUGUAGUAAAACUACUGAAGCACUCAGGCAACAAAUGCAUGAUUACUUCAAGAAGAACAAGAGAAGCCGACCAAUAUUCUUGGAAGAGGAUGAAGGGGCAGAAGAGGUGGAGGGUCUAGCAAAUCAAAAUGCAACCACAUCCUCUCUUGCACUAGCUGUACCUUCUUCUGCGACAGCAGCAAAAAGGAGGGCAACCUCUAAUUUCAAGGCUCCGGCCACAAAAGAUGCCAAUCCAAAGGAAACCAAGACGGUUGCUCCUAUGAUUAGAAAAACACCUGAAGAGAUUGUGGAUGAGCGCCGUUCAGGUCAGUUCCAAAGCACUAUGGAGAGAAGUACGAAGAGCAAGGAAGAUAAGCACUAUGUGGAUAUGCAAUGGGCUUUGUGGUUCUAUGAGUGUGGCAUACCAUUCAAUGCUGUAGCCUCAAGGCAGUUUGAGAUUGCUUGUGAGGUCACUGCGCAAUAUGGUUUAGGCUAUAAGCCUAUGAGUAAGCACAUGUUGAGAGAGCCCUUGCUUCAAGACUGUGUGAAGGAGACAAGUAAAAUGAAGGUUGAUCAUGAACUAGCAUGGAAGCACUAUGGCUGCACCCUUAUGUCGGAUGGAUGGACCGAUAGGAGGGGACGCCACCUAAUUAACUUCCUUGUAAAUAGCAUGGAAGGGACCUACUUCUUGGAGUCUGUUGAUGCAUCAAGUGAAGCACAUGAUGCAACUAUGUUGGCUGAUUUGCUAGACAAGAGAAUUGAGAUCAUUGGAAAAGACAAGGUUGUGCAAGUUGUCACUAAUAAUGGUGCUAACUACAAGGCAGUGGGCAAGCUUCUAAUGGAGAGAAUUCCCACAUUGUAUUGGACUCCUUGUGCUGCACACUGUUUGGAUCUUAUGUUGGAGGACAUAAAGAAGCUGAAGGAAUUUAAGAAGCCUAUUGCCCGUGCCAGGCUUAUCACUACAUUCAUUUAUAGACAUGGGAGGCUUCUUAGUGCAAUGAGAGAGAAGACAGGUGGAAAGGAUCUUGUAAGACCAGCAGCCACUCGGUUUGCCACGGUAUUUCUUACUUUGAAGAGCAUGUACAGCCAGAGAGAUGCAUUGAGGUGCCUAUUUGUGAGUGAAGCAUGGACUGGUAUUAAGUUAUCAACAACAAUGGCUGGACAGAAUGUGAGUGACAUUGUCUUAUCUAAGGAAUUUUGGACCUCACUUGAAGAUUGUCUUAGAGCUUCAGCACCAUUACUUAUUGUUCUUAGGGCUGUUGAUGGUGAUGAGAAGCCUGCUAUGCCAGAGGUCUCAGCUCUAAUGACACAUGCGAAAGAGAAGAUCAAUCUGAGUUUUCCCACACAAAACAAGAAAAAUUUGCUUAAGAAAAUCAUAGUGGAGAUGAUGCUACUGCUACUAAGAGGCUGCUUCACUGAUGUGCUUGCAAAAAUUGUAGAAGAUGAUCAAAUUAGAAACAAUAUUGAUAGACAAGCCAUUCUUUAUGAGAACCAAAGAGGAGAUGCAUUUUCAAAUAAAAUGGCAAUCGCCAACAAAGAAAAAAUGGUGCCUAGUGCUCGUGGAUGUGACAUUACAUGGGAUGAUGUUGAUGAAGCUGUUGGUGCGUCACACUCUAUUCGAGGUUGCAAUGUUCCAAGGAGAGCUCACAACCGUGCUGAUCCAAUAACCUUUCAAUGGCGCUCAAGGAAUUCAGCAAUGGUUGAAGAAGAUGAGGAAGCAUAUGUGCAAUCUGAUCAAGAAGAUGACGAAGAAGAUCCACACGAUGAUGCAAACGUGAGCGAUUGUGAUGAAGCUCCUGGUGGUACUGAAGAUGGUGAAGGAAGCAUGGAUGCUACUAACAAUUUGAAUGAGUUUGAUGAUGAUUUCUAA